GGGAGACGAGACGAGGCGCUGCGGCCCGGAGCUGCGGCCGCCGUCCAGGCAGCGCCGCGCGGGCUCCCCGGGCGCGCGUGCGCGCCCGCGUGGCCUCGGGCUGCGGGUCGGGGGUUAGGACCGGCGGCCGCCGGCCGGGAGGGCAGGGCGCGCUCGCCCAGGGCUGCGGUGAGCAGGCCGCCCGGUGCAGAACGCGAGGUGAACGUGUGCGGGCCGCGACGUUUCCCUUCGCUGGGCCGGAGCUGGGCGGGGCGGGCAUGGCCAGCAUCACGCAGCUGUUCGAUGACCUGUGCGAGGCCCUCCUGCCAGCUGCCCCGGCUCGCCCGGGCCAGCGCAGCGUGAACCGGAGGAGGGCGAAGCAGACCCUUAAGAGAGUAGCCUACAAUGCUCUGUUCACACACCUCUUUCAAGAAGAGACUCACCAGCUGCAGCCCGACCUCUCGAAGCUCCCCGUGAGAAACAAGGUCCUCAUGUUGUCCUUCGACUUGAGAGUGGGUGGCCUGGGCCCCGAGGCGGACCGAUUGGAGGAGCUGGUGGAGGAGCUGGAGGCAGCCCCUUGCUGUCCACUCGUGGAGGUGGGGUCUGUGUUGGACCUCUUGGUGCAGCUGGCAGGGAGUGGCCCGCCUCGAAUACUGCGGAGGAAACGGGACUACUUCUUUAACAACAAGCAUGCCGGCAGAAAAGUCCCGUACAGCGGCUAUGAUUGCUAUAACCUGAGUGUGUUUGAGAUGGACGUUCAGUCCCUGAUCUCCAGCGAGGAGUAUUCCUGUCACAACAUGAUCCAGGAAACACUGCAAGUGAUGGAGGCUGCUCCAGGCACUGGCCUGCCCACCGUAGGUCUCUUAUUCGGUGACCCUUGUGGUGACAGGUUUGAGAGAGAUACCCGGGUCUCGCUCUUCGGUGCCCUUGUGCACAGCCGCACUUAUGACAUGGAUGUCCGACUAGACCUGCCCCCUGUUCCAGAUAGUGCAGAUCUCUCUGGACUAGCCAUUAAGGUCCCUCAAAGUGUGGAUCAGUGGGAAGAUGAAGGAUUCCAGUCAGCAUCCAAUUUGACUCCUGAUUCUCAGUCUGAACCGAGCAUGACCCCAGAUGUGGACCUGUGGGAAGCUGCACUCACCUAUGAGGCCAGCAAGCGGAGGUGCUGGGAGCAAGUUGGAUGCCCCCCUGGCCACAGAGAGGAGUCCUACCUUACCGAGGCGGGAAGGGACGCCUUUGACAGGUUCUGCAGGCUCCGCCAAGGUGAGCUGCAGGCCCUCAGUGGGGGCCUCCUGCAGGCUCCAAGGCCCAUGCUGGUGAAGGAGCAAGAGCUGGUGAAGGACUCGCUGAACGUCCUGCUUGGGGUGGUGUCUGCCACGUUCUCCCUCUGCCAGCUCUCUCAGGCCUUCGUGGUGGAGCGGGGUGUCCAUGUGUCAGGGGCUUCUCCUGAGAGCAUCAGUAGCAUCCUGUCGGAGGUGGCCGAGUAUGGGACCUGCUACACACGCCUGAGCCACUUCUCCCUGCAACCCGUGCUGGGCUCCUCCUGCAGCAGAGGCCUUGUGUUUCAGGCCUUCACCAGCGGCUUGAGGCGGUACCUGCAGUACUACCGGGCCUGUGUCCUCGCCACUCCACCCACCCUCAGCCUCCUCACCAUUGGCUUUCUAUUCAAGAAGCUGGGCCGGCAGCUCAGGUACCUGGCUGAGCUCUGUGGUGUCGGCACUGUGCUCCCGGGGUCCAGCGGAGGAGAGCCCAGGGCUGUGUUCCCCACCGGGGUGAAGCUGCUGUCCUACCUCUACCAGGAAGCUCUGGACAACUGCAGCAACGAGCACUACCCUGUGCUGCUGUCCCUGCUGAAGACCAGCUGCGAGCCCUAUACACGGUUCAUUCAUGACUGGGUGUACAGUGGGGUCUUCAGAGACGUGUGUGGGGAGUUCAUGAUCCAGGUGAACCACGAGUACCUCGGCUUCAGAGACAAAUUUUACUGGACUCAUGGCUAUGUGCUCAUCUCCAAAGAAGUGGAGGACUGCGUCCCUGUGUUCUUGAAGCACAUUGCUCAUGACGUGUACGUCUGUGGGAAGACCAUCAACCUGCUAAAGCUCUGCUGUCCCCGGCACUACCUCUGCUGGUCUGAUGUCCCUGUUCCUCGCAUCUCGGUGAUUUUCUCCCUGGAGGAGUUGAAGGAGAUUGAGAAGGACUGUGCUGUCUACGUUGGGCGGAUGGAGAGGGUUGCCCGCCACAGCUCCAUCAGCAAGGAGGAGAAGGAAUUACGUAUGGAAAUCGCAAAACAAGAACUAAUCGUCCAUGCCCGGGAAGCAGCGUCCAGGGUCCUCAGUGAGCUGAGUGACCGGCAGAUGUCGGAGCAGAUGGCCGUGGACGCCCGGAAGCGAGAGCAGUUUCAGCGUCUAAAGGAGCAGUUUGUGAAGGACCAGGAGCGUCGCCUGGCGGCCCGGCAGGAGGACCUGGCAGACGACUUCAGCUAUGCCCGUGAAGUCCGGGACCGGGAGAAGCGACUGACGGCCCUGGAGGAAGAGCUGGAGAGGAAGGCCAGGCAGGCACUGGUCGACCACUACAGCAAGUUGUCUGCAGAGGCAGCUCGUCGGGAGCAGAGGGCGCUGUGGAGAAUCCAGAGGCACCGACUGGAAAGCGCACGGCUUCGUUUUUUCCUGGAAGAUCAAAAGCGUGUCCAGGAGAUGCUGAAAAACAUGGCUGAGGCUUGCCAGCCCCAGGAGCUGCUGCGUGACCCGAGUGCCUGCUCCCAGGUCACAUCUCCGGGCCCCACGCGCCCAGACAGAGGUCGCACCUGUGAUUCAGGACCCACAGAGCUGCGCUUGGCUGCCUGGGAUUGCCCAGGCAGGCCGUGUGUGCCCACACUGCAGGCCGUCGAGUCUCCAGCGGUGGAGUCGGGUGACUCGGGGAGCAGGCUGGCGGAGGGGGCCGAGCCAUUCUCCGCUGGCCUCAGCAUCACAGACUUCCUGCCCACAGAUCCCAGGGCUGAGCAGCCCGUGCAGACCAGCAGGGCCCUUCUCCUGGAGGAGGCGCUGCAGACCAUCAGCUCAGACCUGCCCCCCGCUGCCCCUGGGGAGGUCCACGUGGCAGCUGGCACGCAGCCUGCCCAGCUGCGGGCUUACGACUUCAGCACCACCCUGAGGCCGGCCGCAAGCCCCUCGCCUCCAUCAGGGCCCCUCCAGGCUGUCCAGGGCAGCUCGGGCGCCCACGCGAAGCUCGCUGCUCAUGGCCCCGACACACAGGUGGCUUUGCCUCCCCAACUCAGGCCUGCUGAUGAGGGAAGCAGCCAGCCCACAGGGCAGCUCCUUGGGCCCGUGUCAGACGCCAGCAUCAGGGUGGGUGAGAACGUGGCAGACGUGACUCCCUCCCGGCCACGGUGGAACAUCCACGGGCACGUGUCAGACGCCAACAUCAGGGUGGGUGAGAACGUGGCAGACGUGGCUCCCUCCCGGCCACGGUGGAACAUCCACGGGCACGUGUCAGACGCCAACAUCAGGGUGGGUGAGAACGUGGCAGAUGUGGCUCCCUCCCGGCCACGGUGGAACAUCCACGGGCACGUGUCAGACGCCAACAUCAGGGUGGGUGAGAACGUGGCAGACGUGGCUCCCUCCCGGCCACGGUGGAACAUCCACGGGCACGUGUCAGACGCCAACAUCAGGGUCGGGGAGAACGUGGCAGACGUGGCUCCCUCCCGGCCACGGUGGAACACCCACGGGCACGUGUCAGAAGCCAACAUCAGGGUCGGGGAUAACGUGGCAGACGUGGCUCCCUCCCGGCCACGGUGGAACAUCCACGGGCACGUGUCAGACGCCAACAUCAGGGUGGGUGAGAACGUGGCAGACGUGGCUCCCUCCCGGCCACGGUGGAACACCCACGGGCACGUGUCAGACGCCAACAUCAGGGUGGGUGAGAACGUGGCAGACGUGGCUCCCUCCCGGCCACGGUGGGACACCCACGGGCACACCUCCCAGUCACCCAUGAUGCUGGGGGUGCUCUUGUCAGAGAUGGAGCCCAACCUGCCCAGGCCCCACCAGAGCUGCCCUGGCCACGUGUCCCAGUCAGGCGCCAGCCUGGAAGUGCAGGGCCCUGCCUGGGAAUGUGGGCCACAGCUACCUGCAGACACAGAGCCUUCCAUCUGCUCUCCCAGUGUGGGCAGUCUGCAGACCUUGCCCUCUCCUGUGUCCAGCACUUUUGGAGACAGUGUCUCCAGGGAGCCAGGCCCAGGGAAGAGUGGUGACGAUGAGGACCUCUCUCCAAGCUGGCCUGCAGCCUCUCAGGAAGGCACAGCUGCCCCAAGCGCCCCAGACUCCAGGGAGGCGGCGGCUGAGGAGGAGGCACAGCGCCGGGGCGGAGAGCAGGCCUACGUGGCAGGCCUGGCCAGGAUGUACUGCCUAGAGCCCUAUCCCGACCGCUACGAGUCCAUGUCAGAGCCGCCUGCUGCCCACCUGGUGCACCACGUGCUUCCCCGGGCCUUUGCCUUCCCGGUGGAUCCCCGGGUGCAGCCGGCUGUGGACGAGACUGCAGUGCAGCUCAGCGAGCUGCUGACGCUGCCCGUGCUCAUGCAGCGCUCCCUGACCGCCCCGCUGGCUGCCCACGUCUCCCUGGUGAACAAAGCUGCCGUGGACUACUUCUUCGCCGAGCUGCACCUGGAGGCACACUUUGAGGCCCUCCGGCACUUCCUGCUGAUGGAGGAUGGGGAGUUUGCCCAGUCCCUGAGUGACCUGCUCUUUGAGAAGCUUGGGGCUGGGCAGACACCUGGGGAGCUGCUCAACCCGCUGGUCCUCAACUGCAUCCUGAGCAAGGCCCUGCAGUACAGCCUCCACGGGGACACGCCCCAUGCCACCAACCUCUCCUUUGCCCUGAAGUACCUGCCUGAGGUGUUUGCUCCCAAUGCCCCGGAUGUGCUGAGCUGCUUGGAGCUCAGGUACAAGCAGGUCGACUGGCCCCUCAACAUCGUGAUCACUGAAAGCUGCCUGAGCAAGUACAGCGGCAUCUUCUCCUUCCUGCUGCAGCUGAAGCUCAUGAUGUGGACACUCAAGGACGUCUGUUUCCACCUCAAGCGCACAGCCCUGGUAAGCCACACGGCUGGCUCGGUGCAGUUCCGCCAGCUGCAGCUGUUCAAGCACGAGAUGCAGCACUUCGUGAAGGUCACCCAGGGCUACAUUGCCAACCAGAUCCUGCACGUCAGCUGGUGUGAGUUCAGGGCCCGGCUGGCUACAGUGGGUGACCUUGAGGAGAUCCAGCGCGCCCACGCAGAGUACCUGCACAAGGCUGUCUUCAGGGGCCUGCUCACAGAGAAGGCGGCGCCUGUCAUGAACAUCAUCCACAGCAUCUUCAGCCUGGUGCUCAAGUUCCGCAGCCAGCUCAUCUCCCAGGCCUGGGGCCCAGCCAGUGGCCCCCGGGGUGCUGAGCACCCCAACUUUGCUCUCAUGCAGCAGUCCUACAACACCUUCAAGUACUACUCUCACUUCCUCUUCAAAGUGGUGACCAAGCUGGUGAACCGCGGCUAUCAGCCCCACCUGGAGGACUUCCUGCUGCGCAUCAACUUCAACAAUUACUACCAGGACACUUGAGGUCCCUCUCCUGGGCAGGGACUGGGGUCAGGGAAGGAGGGCAGAGUCACCAUUGGCCUAAGGAAGCUGUUCUUUAUUUAGUUCCCCUGGAGAGUGAGGUGGACAGAGGGGACUGCCACUGCCACCAAGGCCUGGCCCCUCUGCACCCCCUGCACCCAGGAGGUGGAGCCCUUGUCCCCAUGCGCUGAGGACUGGGCUGGGUGUGCUGCUGAGCUGGCCUCUGACAGGGACAGGUCAGGGACUGACUGGAGGUCUCUGCCUUCAUGGAGAGACAGCUCAGGGCAGCCUGGCACGUCUCGGCAGCUCAGCAGCACCGGGAGCCUCGGGAGGUGCCGAGGCCACUACGAGGAUCAUGUCACGCACAGCUCUGCUGCCCAGAGUGGGGGCCUGCUGCUGUAGGAGUGCCGUCCGUGGGCUGCCCCCGCAGCCUCGGGGCCCCCAGCCGCCUCCCCGUCACUGUGGUAUGGAGACUCCAGCAGCUUCAGCACCCGCCGCACCUGGAGGGAGAGCUGGGUCAGGGACGCUGGCCAGCCCAGCCUCCCAGGGACAGCGGGGAUGGAGCAAACUUGCCUCUGAGAAGUCCCCGUUCUCGGCAGCCUCAAUGGCACUCUGGGCGAUGUAGUUCCUCAGGACGUACUUGGGGUUGUUGGCCUGCAUCACACGCACUCGCUCUGCCUGCCAGGCAGCCAUGUCACCAGCCCCCGCCACGUCCUUUUCCAGCCGGACUCUGGAAUCACAGCCCGGUUGCUCUUUCCAGCAGCAGCAGCCACAGGCCCUCGUGCAGGGUCAUCUGUAGCCACCUGAGGUGGCGGCUGUGGCAGAGGAGCGGGCACACGGGCUCACCUGUACUCCUGCAGCCAGUCAGCCCAGCGGCCCCUGUUCCUGCUCUGCAGCUCCUCGGGGCUCAGCUGCUCCAGCUGCGACUGCUGCUCCACACGGUCCAGCUCCCUCGCGAGGUUCGCCUGGGUGCCGAUGAGCGCGAAGAGCUGGGGGUUGGACUGCGCCAGCAUGAGCAUCAUGGAGAGCUGCCUACAGGGAGGCAGCGUGAGCCUGCCAGCCAGGGCCGCCAGGCUCCGCCCCGCACGGGCACCGCCGCAGUCUGCUGCUUGAGGCCUCGGCCCACCUCCUAACAACGUGUGUCUUCCUGGCUAAUCAGUAAAGGCGUUUCUGUGUGA